CGUACUUCUUCUCCCUCUCCCUGUCUUUCUUGCUCUUUCUCCGUCCCUCUCUCACCCUUUCCUUCGCUCCGACGUCGUCUCGUGGGGUCAGUGCCUGCUCGAUCGGAUCCUGAGCAGGAACAUACCGGUGGAGGAGGAAGAGGAGGAGCAGGAGGAGGUUGAGGACGAUCUCUCUACCUCGGCGAAAGACUGCAACCGCUGCAGCGAGCGAGUGCGCGCCCGUCCUCCGAGAAUCGGAGUGCUCCGUUUUUCGCGCCACGAGCCGGUGACUCCGGGACGCGAGUAUUAUGUGACAGCGACCAACAACAACACGCUGGACAUCGUCACGGUGGAAUCGUCCUCUCAUCGUCGGCGGAUUGAUCCAACUCGGCGGACAGACGCGCGAAUCGCGGCCCGUUCGCGGUGCAGGAAACUCGACGCUCCUUAUCACGCCGCUUCUCGCGUAGUAUCACUCGCUUUUUUCUCAUUCCCAUCGUCUCCCUCUCUCUUUCUCCUCGCGGGCCUGUCUCCGUUUUCCUCUCCUUCUCUCUCUCUUCCUCCUGGUCUCCGUCUCUCAUCCGUGCGCGCUCGGUACGCGUUUCUCCCUCUCUCUCUCUCUCUCUCUCUGCCUCUCCUUCUCCCCGCUCGCUCCUUCGUGGCCGCCGUUCGUCGUCUCGCUCGCUCCAGUCGCGUGUUUUCUCGCGAACAGAUACGAGAAAAAGGAGAAUCGGCGCGAGUGAUACCGCCGCCGCGCGCGAGAGAGACACAUCACCCCGGAGAGAAGGGGAUCGAACGAGUCGCGAGUUUGUGUUUUUGUUUAUCCGGAGCGGACUGCACCGGUAACUGCACGCUGCAGUGGGCUGGUGCGCGAGAGGAAGUGCGAGCGGACGCCUCGGAAGGACGAUUCGUUGCUGGAGGCGUUCGAGAAAGAUUGUCGCGUCGUUCGAGAAAAGACGGGAGAAAGAGAGGCAUGGCCUUCGUUUUCACGAGAGGAGAGGAAUUUUGUAGCUCAAAGUGAGCAUCGCUCGGAUUAUACGCGAGUCGGAUUACUGAAGUUUUCUUCGGGCAGAGGAGGAGCGCGAAGCCUUCGGAGGAGAGAGACGCGUCGGAAGCCGAAGAAACAAAAAGUCGGGGACAAACGUAAGGUAAGAAUGGACCAUGAGGAAACGCGGUGCCGGCUGGUAGCAGACGAGCGGUCGGGCACGCUUACACCACGUCGCUGGUCUUCGUCGACGCGUUCCCGGUGUCACGUCCAAUCCCGAAGCCGGCAGGUGUCGCGAGCGGCAGGUACGAGCUCGACAGGUGCGAUAAUCGGGGGUGGCCCGGUCUCUGCCGCCGGGCCGGCGAUGCGACGAUGAGCUCGCCGAGGGUGCAGCUACCCCUCCACACCCGACCAAAGCCCCGCGUAGUAGCAAGGCCGGGUCGUCUCAGGAACCGCAGCGAGGCCGAGCGACGAGGAGGCGCGACAGGAGGCGGUUCAAGGCCGAGACUAUCCGCGUGGCCAUGGACCACGAGGCGAGGAACGGAACCGGUAGCAACGACCACGACGAGGAGUUCACCAAUAUUUACUUCAUCGUCGGCGACCGCAUUGAGACGGCCGCUUACAAGGCGAACCAGGUCACGGAUAUGGAACUCAAAGAACUCUUCAGAAACGCGGCGGAGGCUGGCCCUCUGGACAUCGUGAAGCUUCGCAAGGGAGACAAGCUGUUCAACAUCUCGUCUCAUCUACCGCCGAACACGCCCGACACGCCUUACGUUCUUCAGAUCGUUGGCGCGCACCCCGCUUCCUCGAGGGUGAUCGAGGCGGAAGUGCUUUGGACUCUGGAGAGGCGUGUGGCGGCCCUGGAGCGGCAAUUGCGAGAGUACGAAGAAGCCUCCUGCGCCGCACCCACCCUCGCUUUGCGAGAGCUGAAACGCCAAGUGGACAGUUUCAAGAGCAAAUUCGAGAACAACGACCAGCUGAGCUGGCUCAGUUUCUACAAGCAGCUUCUGGAGCCCAUCUAUAUGGAUUCCUGCCGCAGAUUGCAGUACCGCCGGAAGAGCGACAGCAUGAAGCGGAAGGUUCGGGAGAAGUUUCUCAAUAUCUGUGACGUGACGGUCUCGUCGAGCGUUCGCGAAUGGCUACGCUCGCCGGCCUUUGAUGCGCGACAAUGGGAGGACGAGGAGCUGCUGUUGAUGCUGCAAACGAUGUUCGUCGAGCUAGACCUACCUGAAAAGUUCAACAUUCCCUUGCCGAUCCUGAGGAACUUCCUCUAUGAGGUCUACAAUAACUACAACGAGGUGCCGUUUCACAAUUUCAGGCACUGCUUCUGCGUCGCGCAAAUGAUGUACGCGAUAGCUUGGGCGGUGGACCUCCCGUCGAAAAUCGGCGACCUCGAGGUCCUCAUACUGAUCGUCUCCUGUAUUUGCCACGACCUCGACCAUCCGGGCUACAACAAUAUCUAUCAGAUAAACGCGCGGACCGAGCUGGCGCUGCGCUACAACGACAUCUCGCCUUUGGAGAAUCACCACUGCUCCGUGGCGUUCCGGGUACUGGAGGCGCCCGAGUGCAACAUCCUCGCGUCUUUAGACAAUCCCACGUACAGAAUAGUGCGCGAAGGGAUCAUCCGGUGCAUCCUGGCCACCGAUAUGGCCCGGCACAACGAGAUCCUCGCCCAGUUCACUGACACCAUUCCGGAAUUCGAUUACACCAGCAAGGCGCACAUAAAUCUGCUGUCCAUGAUCCUGAUUAAGGUAGCUGACAUAAGUAACGAGGCUCGUCCGAUGGAAGUGGCGGAACCGUGGCUGGACAGGCUGCUGCAGGAGUUCUUCAAGCAGAGUGACGCUGAGAAACUCGAGGGUCUUCCGGUCACGCCGUUCAUGGAUCGCGACAAAGUGACCAAACCGUCGUCCCAGGUUAGCUUCAUCGGCCUAGUUCUCCUCCCUCUCUUCGAAGCUCUCGGCGAACUGCUACCCGAGCUGCAGGAUCUCAUAGUUCAACCGGUCAGGGAAGCCCUGGAGUACUACCGCAGGCUGAACGAGGCGGCCAAGGACGAGCGUCACCAUCGGAAGAGCGUCGUGGACGUCGGCGAGUCGGCUCCGGCUACCAUGCAAAGCGGCACCGUCGGCUCGACCGCCGUCAUCAAGUCUAUGUCGUCGCACAGCAUGCGCUCGAAGAGGUCCGCCGGGACGAUUCGCUCGCGCUCCACCGACGAGGACAUCACGGAGAACCUGACGAUGGAGGAGGGCGACAACAUCGAGAGCUCCGACCCGGAGACGGCGACGGAGGUAGAGAUCAGCGAGAAGACGCUCAAGUUCAAGAUCUCCACGGAGGGCACGCUGGCCGGGCCGACCAGCGGCCGGAAGAGUUACCCGGGCAGCCGGAAGGGCAGCCGGGAGAAGUCUUCAUUGGAUUAUCACAAUCACGACCUGGCGAAGGCUGUCCGUGACCAUGAGCGCGAGAGGAGGCGCAGCAAGGGCGAGAACCUCGGCAGCGACCUGAGCUCGCCGGUUAGCGCGAGGUCGGCCGAGGGCACGCGGAUCCUCGAGGAGAAGGAGGCGGAGAAGGAGACGGCUUUUUUAGACGUCAAGAUCGAGGGCAGAGUGCCUGAGGGAAACGGCAACGUCGUGGUCGCGGUGGAGUCGCGCUCGCAGCCGCGGAACAACCUGAGGAAGACCAGCAGCGUCGUCGAGAACGACCAGGAGAACCGAUCCAGCCGCAGGGACGCGCACAGCAGCCGCGAGUCGAUCGGCAUGCGAUGCUGCUGCGAGGACAAGGCCGGGCCGAACAACCACAAGUCCUUGUUCUCGCGGCUGAGGAACUUCACGGACCGUCUGAGCAUCAGCUUCGACUCCAAGGACUCGCCGAGCCCGAAGCUGAAGCACGCGUCGAAGACGCUCAACAAGAGCAACUCGGUAAGUAGCGGUUCGGCUACGACCACCUCGUCGAGGCACCACAAUUCGCUGUUCAUCUGCAAACGCUGCAACCUCGCCAAGUCCACGAAGGACGGCAACAAGGCGGCGAUCGCGACCGUGGUGGAGCUGUCGUCGGUGGACAAGAGGGCGAUGACGUUGCCGAAGGUGCGCAAGUCCACCGAUUGCAAGAACAGGAGCUGGCGAACGGUGUUCGCCAAGGAGAAGAGGUCCUCCACUUCCUUGGAGGCUCUGCCGGCGGCUGGUUCCGACGGCACGUUCUCUAAGCACCGCAGAAACCUGUCGAAUCCCGAGGGCAAGUCGCAGAGCAUGAAGGAGGUGAAGUCACGACGGUGUCUGGAUAUCGAGUUCCAAGAGAUCGACGUGCGCCCCAAGCCUGAGAUCGUGGUCAAUCCCGACGACAGCUGCUGCGACAUCGAAGAGGACCUCGGCAAGGUGGAGAUCCGCCGGAGUUCCGCCAGCAUGGAGGACAUCUCCAAGAUGGCGAAGCAGGCGGAGGCGAUCAUGAAGGCGGAGGAACGUCCUCACACCGGCAGCCUCGAUUCGAUGCUCUGCAAGGACGUCUGCAAGUCGCGCAAGAAGCCCGCCUUCUGCUCGCCCGGCUCGGCGAAGAAGUCGCCCGGUCUGUUCUCGCGGUUCAAGUCCGGGAUGAGCAUCGACAGCACGCGCAGCAACAGCAAUAGCGACUCCCUGCACGAUCACGGCUCGCAGAGCGGCUGGAUAUCCUCGUUGACGGCCAGCUUCCGGCCGAAGAGGCAUCUGAACGAGACGCCCUUGUCGCCGCACCCGCCGAGGUCGCCCAGCAGGGAGGAGAUCAAGUGAUACGUUCUUGUGGUCGAGGAUUCCUCCGAGAAGAAGCUCGGCCUUCGCGGCUGGUGGCCCGAGAACUUAUUCUGCUGCAAUAGUUAAGUCUCGAGCGGACGGUUUGAUCGCGGAAGAUAGAGAGAGAGAGAGAGAGAGAGAGAGGAAAGAGCGCUAAUCUAGACCUGGGAAUACCCGGGAGUUUCUCGUUGUCGCUCGUUACUUCGCAAAAAGAAAGAAAGAAAAAAAGAACAGAUGAAAUUAGAAAAAUUAGUUUUUGGAGAAAUAUAAGGAAAAAUUCGAAGCAGAAUUUUAGCCUUCUAUCAAUUAGCUUAUGUCGGUUGUUAUUCGGCGACCGGCGACGAACACGGAUAUUCGAGGACAUUCGGGCGAUGCGCACAUCGCGGGAGGAGAAUGCAUGACAAACAUCUCCGCGCCGAUCGUGUGUAAUAUAUAAAUAAAAUCUUUCCCUUUGUGUAAUUAAACGGCAGUCGUCGAUUCGAUGGAACGUGUUUGCUCGAGCAGGCCGAUUAUGGAGAGAGGAUUUAGAUCCAUUCAUGUGCAUGUGAUUUCCGUCGAUCGAAUUCUUCUUCCGGAGGGAUCCUCAUAGGACCAUAAUAUUUCCCCGUCGCCGACUUCGAGUGUUUUUUUUGCGUCGUGACGUUCGAAGUGGCGGGAUUGGGAUUGCGUUACUCGCGAGGGACACUCACGGCCUGUGCGGAGAACGUGGACGCACGGUGUAUACAUAGACUAUUUUAUUUAUUGUCCAUUCGAAGAGUAGCCUAAUGAGAGAGUUAAUCAUUAAUGUUGUUCGUUAUUAUACAUAUAUAAAUAUACGCAAGCGCGGGUGUAUAUGACAGAGACGCAAGGAUACACACAUCCCCAUAUAUAUAUAUAUAUAUAAACGGGGAGAAAAUCAGUAGUGUAUACAUACGAGCGAGUGGAUGUAGUUUUAAGUAGGCAAGGGAAAAGAAGGAGGAGGCACACACGAUUAGAUACGUAAGCGUGGCUCUGUCGUAUCGAUGUACGAUGAAGUUUCAGGGACCGCGUAACCGCUAAGGGUGUGCGAGGUAAGAGAAUGUUAUCGCGCUAUUUUUAGAAUCUUCUGGGAAUGGAUCCCCGUUUUCUCAGGCAAUAUUCUCAGCAUUUCCUAGAAAUAUCGUUGCGUUCUCCGAGAGUGCGCGCGCGCGGAGAUAAUCCGCCGAGAUGCUCGUUCGUUGCCGCCUAGAAGGGGGCUGUCUCUCUCUCUCUCUCUCUCUCUCUCUCUCUCUCGAGUACUCCCGGAUAUAUAUCUCACACUCGGGGACUAUUCUCGUCUCUCAUAGCAUUAGCAGUUACCAUAAGGCGAAAAGAGAAAAUGGGGGAGAUUCGUCGGAAUAAUCGCGCUUCAUUGCUGCACCGUCGGAGGAGGACGAUUCGCGGCAGGGAAGUCUCGUUGAUUCUACUAUCGACAGUUCGGAGAACGCUGGGAAAAUUGCUUCGCGGAUAAUCCUUUCGUUGUUGUUUGCGUCGGCGCUAUUAAAACGCAAUUCAAUUCGGGCGAACGAUUUGCGACGCUUAAACGGUGAAUUAAAACCUCGAUUUGCCGCCGUUGCUUCAUCAGAUGACACGGGGUAACUCGAUAAGGCGGCCUUCUGCUCCCUCUGCAAGAGUUGACUACGUGCGUCAACUAGCGCCAAUUACACUCACACUCAGUGAAUCAUCCUCCCCUAUUCGCAUUUGCAUGUUAUAAAAUGGCUUUUGUGUGGGAAGUGACGGAGAAUUGUUAACCUUGAAUCAGUUGCGCUUUUGCAAUUAUAGCCGGAAUUAAGUGGGAACUUUUCAGAAAAUUCGCGAGAACCUCAUUCGAGGCGAUCGGCAAGUUUCCUUGCGAGACGCUCUCUCAGCGUAUCUCCGAACGAGGCAAAUUACGAAAGAGAACGCAAUUUUGGAAAGAGGCGGAACGUAGCCUAAGGGGGUUCCCCUCUCGGACCGACUGUCUCUCCAGCGAUUAUUGUUUCGUUCGAAAGUUCAGACGGGCGCGCGUGGCUCUUCGAAGAUCGUCGAGGCGCGCGGCACGCGCAGACACACGCAUAAGCACACGCGCAAAACGCGAUUACUUCUGUACGACGUCCCGCUUUUCAUUUUUUAGAUGUUUAUAUUUUUAUACUCCGUCAACUGCGUCUGUACGGUGAUUAAAAGCCGCAUGUAUUGUUGAACUCUAGUCUUACGUUAUUGUCUUCAGUCCCGGAGGCACGCUUCCGGGCGUAUUUCAGUUUGUGCGGCGGUCUUCGCGCGAGGAGAAGCUCGGUCGCGGCGAGCGAUUCUGUGUGUCAAAUACUUGACUGAUUAUUUGACCAAUUAACACGACUACUUCUACCUACCCUAUCUCUUUCUCUCUUCAUCGUGCCGUAGAAUCAGGACUCGCCGAUGAAACUACGUGGAUCUGAACGACACGACCGGGAGGACGAGGUCCGCGUGGAGUCGCUAUGCGAUUGGAAUAGGUAAUUUCAGUUUCUUUCGAAAAAUAAAAAUUACGCCCGGAAACUUUUUAUUCGGCGAGUCCUGCUGUUGAGACGCACGAGUAGGAGAUAACUGUAUCAAACAGCGAGCCUCAUGUGAUCCUUCCUCGGAAUUAAGAAUCAAAUUGGCUGGCACGCUCUCGUCUUCUCAGACGGGGGAAAAUCGUUUGUCGUUAGAAGCGGAAGGAAAGAACGAGGAAAGAAAGAAAGGGAGGAGAACGAAACGAGAUUAGGAAAGUCUCGACGAUGUCUCGUUUGCGAGCGAGAGAAUCUACUACGCCGGUUUACGUAGCGAUGCGCGCGCGCGCGCGCACACACACACACACACACACACACACACACACACACACACACAAGUAAUGAAUAAUCAAAUUCUCCGCGAUGUGAAUGAAAGAAGGCAUUUGAUUUUGACUCUUGACGCACCGAGACGUUAAGUAAUCGCGAGGCAAGAGACUCUCGUACCUGAGGACUUCAAUCUCGACGGGAUUCAGCGCUGUACACAAACGCGGAAGAAAACAAUGGAGGAACAGGGAAAAACAUCGCGUCGUUUCGUAAAUAAUGAGAACGCAUUGAAAUUGUUUUCGACGUGUCUUGCGAAGAAUGUUAGGUCUAACGUCAUUGCGAAGCAUAUCCGGUAAACUGUUAAUAAGGAAACGGAUCAGACUGCGACACAUUUUUCUUUACCGAAUCACAUAGGCAUUAAGCUCGAGCGGAGUGGUCAAGCGUUUGUAAAAAAGAAAAAAAGAGAAAGAAGAAGAACGCGUAACGUGACCAAAGUAGGUAAUUCCUAAGACGUUUCUACUUCACAUCGUAGAGGAAAUCAGAUGCACUUUUUUCCUUCCAUAUCGCUCACUCUCUGUGCCUGAUCGUCAUCGAUGUUCAAGACUGAUAUUGGAGAAACGUAUUCACGCUAGUGGUAUACGAUAGUUCAUGAUUUUUUUGAAAUCUCUCAGCCGCAGGACCAAACAGGAUGCGCGAAACGCGCAUCCAGUUUAAUCGGUUCUCGUGUUUUCGACAUGUGUUCCACGCGCAAUGGCAGAUAAUCACUUGGUACGAGCGUAGUUGCGAGUCAAAUCGAAGUUUACAGAUAUGGGAAGCCGAAUUAUUUCAGUCACUGCAACUGUUGCGUUUAUCUUGAUUUCCCGAUACAUGUUACGAAGGUGUGUUUAUUGUGGAGAUGGAAGUACCAGUCUUCCUUCGCGAAAUUUUUUAUACCGGAAUCUUAAAUUUAACGGCACCAACCCGUUCGGAUACUUUUCUCCAAAACUAGUCACAUUUGUUUGCGAUUUCUUAACCUACUAAAUCGACUGUUUAUCAAAAUCUCAAUCAAAAGGUGAUCAAUUUUCCACGAUCUUGAGAGAGAAAGAGAGAGAGAGAGAGAGAGAGAGAGAGAGAGAGAGAGAGUUUGAAAAAUGACUCAGGUUCCACAAAAGCGUGGAAUAAAAUACGACUCGCAAGAUCGUCGAAAUAUCGAUCCUAGCCUCUUCGCGAUCUGUACGAAGGACACGCGAUAACGAGGCUAAAUAAAUAAGUAAAAUAAAAAUCGACACACAAAUGGGCCAAUCGAGCCGUGAUACGCGGCGUCGUUUUACUCGUCAAUUGAAUUUUUAGUCCCAUUUUCCUCGUAUUCCAGAAUUGUCUCCGUAUUCCAGAAUCGUCUUCGUCAAUUAUCGAGAUAAACGUACAAACAAGCUCGUACACAUGCACACACAUUUACAAUUCCAAUCUCACGCGUUAACACCGAAGAAAAGCAAUUAGUAUUUUUACUUUAUUAUCGUGAUUUCUACUCUAUUCUAUUCGAAAUCGUGGAAAUAAUUAGCCAUUUUAACGUCCUCAUUAAUGCCGUCAUCGUCGUAAGACGAGCGGUUUGUGUGUCGCGGCGAUCUCGAAUUCCGACACGAAACUUCUCGAUGUGCACACAGACACACACGUACAUUCAUCGUGGAUUCAAAUAAUCAAAUCACGCGGACGUGUCUUCGUGUUCACGACGUACGCUCUCAGUCUCGCCGUCCCUUUCUCAUCACUCGUAAUAUAUUAGGUUGCCAAGUAAAAAGAGGAUAUCGAUCGUGAUCCUUCCACCGAUAUCUUUCCUCCCUCUCCUCUCUCUACCCUUUUACUCUGUCUCCCUUUUUUCUCUCUUUCUCAUUGUUAGAUAAAUAUUAAUUAAUUGGAAUUUAUGCGUACGACAUAAAUUGAACGCACGCGAUAACCUGAUCCUCUCGUAUAUACAUACAGAUAUAUACAUAUAUAUAUAUAUAUAUAUAUAUAUAUAUGAACAAAAAAGUAAUUAUAUAAAUAAGUAAAUAUAUAUAUAAAUAUAUAUAUAUAUUUACCUGGACAUGCGAGGAGCUGAGACGAAGAACAAAAGUACUGUUAAUGCUCGCGGGCGAGUUACUAGCGCGAUAUUAUAAUAUUAUUAUCGAUCUUACGAUAUUAUGAUAUGUUGUAAGGGCGAAUUGUGUAUAGUUACGUGUGUAAGAGCAUUCGUGGAAGUACCACAUGCGAUGCAGUGCGUUUGAAUCGUUCAGCGUUCGGUGACGGCGGCAUAUUUAUUUCUCUUCGCGAUCGUCAUCGUCAUCGUCGUCAUCGUCGUCGUCGUCGUCGUUGUCGUCAUGGUUGAAAAUAAACAGAUUAUAUGUCCCACUGCUAGCCAUAUUUGUACCGCAGCUAUCGCGGAGAAUGUUUCGGACUUGAUACGAUCCAAUUUAACUCCGAAAUAAAAAAAAAAAGGAUCCGCUACAACGUUAUCGGAUAAAAUUUUGAGCUGGCUGACGAGCCAGCAAUUAUCUAUUUUAUUUUCUUAUGCAAAAUAUUAUCCACUAUGACAUCUGGCUCGCGUGAAGUUUUUCCUCGUGACUCGUUUAUUUUGAAUGUUUGAUGUUCGCCAACAUCUCAGAAAAAAAAACACGAGCAAGUGCUUAUACUGUAAUCAAUGUCUAUGGUCAUAACGUUUACAACAUAUAUUAUUAUCUAAUUAUGAGAAACGUAUAUUAUUAUUCAAUCUUGAGCAAAUAAAUGAGGAUGAUAAACAUAUGUUAACUCUCCUUUCAGUCUAAUUAAAUUGUCUAUUUUUUUUUAAAGUCAUCGUACAAUUGUCGUUGCACACACACACACACACACACGCGCGCG